UGGUGCUGCUGGGCAGCGUGGCGGUGGGCAAGACUGCGCUGGCCACCCAGUUCGCGUGCGGCCGCUUCCCCGAGCAGUGCGAGCCGUCGGUGGAGGAGCUGUUCAGCAAGGUGAUCGAGGUGAACGCGGCGCCCGCGCUGCUGGAGAUCGUGGACACCGUGGGCGCCGAGCACCUGGUCACCCUCAAGGACCUGUACAUCCGCAACAGCGACGGCUUCGUGGUGCUCUACAGCGUGUGCAGCCAGGCCUCGUUCGCCGCCCUGCGGCCGCUGCGCCAGCGCAUGCGCCAGCUGCGGGGGCCCAAGGCGGUGCCGCUGGUGCUGGUGGGCACCAAGGCCGACCUGGACGCCGACCGCCAGGUGCUGACCGCGCAGGGCCGCGCGCUGGCCCGCGAGUGGCACUGCCCGUUCCUGGAGGUAACGGCCAAGAGCAAGCUGAUGGUGGACCAGGUGUUCGCGCAGGUGGUGCGCGAGGUGGAGGCCCUGGCCCCGCCCGAGCCGCGGGCCCCGCACGUGCCCAACGCCCAGGGCACCUGGCCGCCGGAGAGGUUCAUUGGCUGAUACCCGGGGUGUGUCUGAAGCCCGGAAGUGCCACCCGGGCCUCCUCGCAGGGUCGCGGAGCCGCACGCAGUGGUUACUCCUGUGUCACUCCGUGCUGCCGGCGGCCUGCACGGCUUUCUUCAGUUCUCUGAACGUUUUGCAACUUCGUGGACCUCCAACAGUGCUAUAAAUAGAAACCCAAAAUGGCA